GCCAUGAUGGUUACUCGGCAGGCCCGCGAUACGCCGGCGUUCCUGUUGAAUUCAGCCUGGACGGCAUUCCCGAGUAUGUUUCAUCUCGCAUAUGUACGACGUGCAAUCCUUCCACCACUAUUGGCGACACCCUCGCUCACCUUCACAGGUCGUUGUGAUGCUGUGGACUGCCUCGCAGAGACGCCUAAUGACUUGAUAACCCUCUUUGUUGAGGCCAGCAAACGUAGGCAGGACGGUUGUCACUCAGAUAACAUCUGGACACGCGGUGUCGUAGCGUCUAUCAAAAGUAACGGCGAGAGCUUCCGCUCGAGCAGCAUGGAGCACCCUUCCCAGGUCGACGUGAGCUCAGAAGGGAGUGGCACUGGUGAAACGGCACGGCUCAGCGUGGGAGAGUCUUCCAUUAGCGAGAACAUGUGCGUGCGAUGCGCCCAAAUGAAGGACACGCUGGCCGCCCUUCGACGCUGCCCCAUCGGCAAAGAAGGGCUUGGAGAACAGAGGGAGGCGUGGUGGUUGGAGUCGUAGAUCGACUCGUUGCUCGUUUGGCCUGCAUCCUGGCAAUAGGCCCCAGAGACUGGGACCGCUUCCGCCCAUCGACGUUCAUUACUAACUAUUGGAUUGCGUAUGUAUGUUCAUCGUCUGCUCGUACGGUACACCGGUGUAGACUUUGACGUAUUGCACACGUAUCUUUACUUUCGGCAGCACCGCCAUAAUCCACAUACCUUAGAAUGAAUUUAAUGUUAAGCCUCCUCAACGGUG